AUGUCUAACAAUCAACAAACUGACUAUGAUUUAAAUGAACCGCUAACGUCAACUGCGGCUCCUCUAACUGAUUCUACCAUUACCCUACGUAUUAUCAAAUCAUUUCCAUACAGAAACGUGAGGAACUUGAUCUUGAGAGAUUACGAUUUGAAAAAUAAGACUGGCUUCGACUUGUUCAAUGACUGCAUGAAACAUAUACAGACAGAUGGAGCAUUCAGACCAUUUAGAACUGUCAAAUAUAACAAAAUGAAGAUUUACACUCAUGCACACGGCUCAAAGACUGUGAACCUGGUAAUAAAUUUCAACCAUGAUGAUGAUUGGAUUAUUGACAUAACAGAUGCCAACGGGAAGAAACUAUGUGAAUAUGACAUUGAAAAUGAAACUGAGAUUUCUUUGUACAAUGAAGAAGAUUAUAUCGCUUACAAAGCUAAUCCAAUCGAGAAAUGGUAA